AAAAAGUAAAAUGAAAAAAGAAAAGAAAAGAAAAGAAAAAAAAAAAAAGAGUACUGAAUCCAAUGUAUAGUAAAGUUUUUAAAAGUUUUCGUGAAUAAAAGGUGGAAAAUUUAUAUCUUAGAAAAUAGAAAUAGAAAUAGAAAUAGAAAUAUAUAUAUAAGACGGUAAUCUUUUUGAAAUAUUUAUUUCUAACUUUAAUUACCCUUUUCCAUCAUCGGACAGCUACGCCCACUUUUAAAAGAACAACAGAGGUUAUUCGGUUAAUGCUCCUUUUGAUAUCGAUCGUACUUUGUUUUCUCUUCUCCAGGAAAUCGAUUCUCGUCUCAAGCGUUUUCUCCUAAAAGCUUCAUCAAAUCCACACUGUUUAUCAAUUCUGAGAAAUGGAUAAAGCCAGUGAAUGUUGUUCUACUCACCUCAUAGAUGGGGAGGGUACAUUUAAUGUUGCUGGAAUAGAAACUUUUAUGAAAGAAGUGAAGCUGGCUGAAUGUGGACUUUCUUAUGCCAUAGUUUCCAUUAUGGGUCCACAAAGUAGUGGGAAGAGCACACUAUUAAAUAAUUUGUUUAGCACCAACUUCAGAGAGAUGGAUGCUUUUAAGGGGAGGUCUCAAACCACUAAAGGUAUUUGGAUGGCAAAAUGCGCUGGUAUUGAACCUUGCACUCUUGUAAUGGAUUUGGAGGGUACUGAUGGAAGAGAACGAGGAGAGGAUGAUACUGCAUUUGAAAAGCAGAGUGCACUUUUUGCCCUUGCUGUUUCAGAUAUAGUUCUAAUAAACAUGUGGUGUCAUGACAUUGGCCGUGAGCAGGCUGCAAAUAAGCCGCUUUUGAAAACUGUAUUCCAGGUCAUGAUGCGAUUAUUCAGUCCACGUAAAACAACUUUAAUGUUUGUAAUACGUGAUAAAACAAGGACGCCUCUUGAAAAUUUAGAACCUGUUCUAAGGGAAGAUAUUCAGAAGAUAUGGGAUUCUGUUCCUAAGCCACAAGCUCACAAGGAAACUCCACUAAGUGAAUUUUUUAAUGUUGAAGUAGUGGCUCUUUCUAGUUAUGAAGAGAAAGAAGAGCAAUUCAAAGAGCAGGUGGCUGGCUUAAGGCAGCAGUUCUUCCAUUCUAUAGCACCUGGUGGGCUUGCUGGAGAUCGGCGUGGUGUAGUUCCUGCUUCAGGGUUUUCUUUUAGUGCACAACAAAUCUGGAAAGUCAUUAAGGAGAACAGGGACCUUGACCUUCCAGCCCACAAGGUCAUGGUGGCUACUGUGCGCUGUGAAGAAAUUGCCAAUGAAAAGUUUGCUUCUUUUGUUGCAAGUGAGGACUGGUGUGAACUAGAUGAGGCUGUACAAUCUCGUCCAGUGCCAGGCUUUGGGAAGAAGAUUAGUUUAAUUCUUGAAACUUUUCUGUCAGAGUAUGAUGCAGAGGCUACAUAUUUCGAUGAAGGUGUUAGAUCAGCAAAGCGAAAACAGCUGGAAGACAAAUUGCUGCAACUUGUCCAACCGGCCUACCAAUCCAUGUUGGGACACAUACGGUCUGGAACUCUUGAUAAAUUCAAAGACGCAUUUGAUAAAGCUUUGAAUGGAGGGGAAAGGUUUUCCAUGGCUGCUUGUGAUUGCACCGAGUCUUUCAUGACUCUAUUUGAUGAAGGAUGUGCAGACGCCGUCAUCGAGCAAGCAAACUGGGAUUCAUCUAAAGUAAGGGAUAAGCUUAAGCGUGAUAUAGAUGGACAUGUUGCUGCAGUUCGUACUGCCAAGCUGUCUGAACUUACUACCUUGUAUGAGACAACGUUGAACGAGGGACUAUCAGGACCUGUGGAAGCUCUCUUGGAUGGCGCUGGAGAUGAUUCCUGGCCAGCAAUAAGGAAACUUUUUCUGCGUGAGACUGAAUCAGCUGUUUCUGGGUUUUCUGCUGCACUUUCUGGUUUUGACAUGGAUGAACAAGCAAAGGAUAAAAUGCUUGCGAGUUUGGAGAACUAUGCAAGAGGAGUGGUUGAAGCAAAAGCAAAAGAGGAAGCUGGAAGAGUUCUGAUCCGCAUGAAGGACAGGUUUACAACAUUGUUUAGUUAUGAUUCUGACUCAAUGCCACGUGUCUGGAGUGGGAAAGAAGACAUUCGAGCAAUCACCAAAACUGCUCGUUCUGCAGCUUUGAAGCUGUUAUCUGUUAUGGCUGCAAUCCGUUUGGAUGAUGUUGCUGACAAUAUUGAGAAUACUUUAUCUGUUGCUUUGGUGGAUAACAGAAGUGGUGCUGUUACUAAUAAGAGCAGCACAUCAUAUGAUCCGCUAGCCUCAAGCACUUGGGAAGAGGUUCCAUUAUCAAAAACAUUGAUCACACCUGUACAGUGCAAAUCAUUGUGGAGACAAUUCAAGACAGAGACAGAGUACACUGUCACUCAAGCCAUUUCUGCUCAGGAAGCUAGCAAGCGUGGUAACAACUGGUUACCACCUCCAUGGGCAAUUGUUGCUUUGGUUAUCCUGGGGUUCAAUGAAUUUAUGACACUUUUAAGGAAUCCUUUGUAUCUAGGUGUAAUUUUUGUUGGUUUUCUUCUCUUAAAAGCGUUGUGGGUGCAGCUUGACAUCUCGGGUGAAUUCCGUAAUGGUGCUAUUCCUGGGCUUCUUUCCUUGUCCACCAAGUUCCUUCCUACUGUCAUGAAUAUUCUCAGAAAACUAGCAGAGGAGGGCCAAAAGCGAGCAACUUCUGAUCCUCAGAGAAACCCUAUGCCUACAUCAAGUAGUUUACAGAGUGGAGUGACCAAUAAUGGUGUUUUGUCAUCCAGUGGUUCAUCUGAGGUAACUUCAUCAGAAAAUGGAACUGAAUAUUCAAGCCCCUCAAUACAAGACAAAGUGAAGUAAGCUCUCUGUUUGGGGAGCAACUUUCUUAUGCUUGAUGAUGCUGGUGUUCUGCUCACUCUAAAUUAGGAUGCUUCGCGCAUACGGUUCAGUCAAUUUCUGUCUGAUUACAAGCACGCAAGAAGAAUGGAUUUUGAAGGCAUUAAUUUUUGUGUAGGCGCCGCAUACCGGAUUUGUUGUGAGAAGCCCGAUUAAUAGGUUUUCUUGUUUCAGCAUUUAGGUGUUCAGCUACUGUCUGGUUUGUGGGAUAAGUUAUAUAGCUCUUCCCAGUCCUACCCAAAUGGUUGUUGCUUCUGCUGGUUUUCCCUUCAAUUUUGAAUGUGAUAGCAUAAUGCCCAUGUUUGCUUAUAUUUCGAGGAAAAUUGUUUUAGAGUUCACGAGGCUCUUUGAAUUGUAUACAACUUACAUAUAUAUAUUUAAAGCUAGAUUUUUUGUGGA